CCACUGGGUGACUGGGUGCAGAAUCCUUCUCCGAGAAGGAAAACUUUACUCUUUUCUUGUGUCCGUCGUCUCUGAAACUCGAUUCUGCAAGAAAGGAAGCGGCGGCAAGCGGCGGCAAGCGACGGUCAACUUCUCCUACAUCCUACGUUCCCUUCGCCGUGAAAGGCCUGCAGCUAUUAAUAUUAGUUAUCUAUGGAUCCCAAAAAGGGAAUGGAGAUGAUAGUCAAGGUAGGUCCUCAUGGAUAUGGGCAUCAGGGCAAUCCUUGGGAAGACAAAGGCCAAAGCAUGUUAACCCAUAUCUUCAUAUCCUAUGACAGUAAAAGGGUAUAUUCCAUACAGACUGCAUGCAUUCAGGAUGGGAAAUUGCAACUAUCUGAUAAACAUGGUGGUGAUGGAAAAAUGUUCAAAACGGUUGAGAUCAAUUAUCCCUCUGAGUUUCUUACUGGUAUUAGUGGUUACGAAGAGAAUGACCUCGGCGAUUAUAUGCUGAGGUCUUUGACGUUUCAAACCAACAGGAGAAAGUUUGGGCCGUUUGGGCUAGAGAAAGGCGCUCACUUCUGCAUUCAGAUGGGGACUAAGAAGCAAUUAUUUGGAGGUUUUCAUGGAACUUCGAACUCAUUGUAUCUCUACUCAAUUGGAGUUUACGUGAUGCCUAUCAAUCCGUUGGAGGAUACUGAAUUACAUACUUCAACCGUUGUUAAGAAAGAGAAAUCCAGUGUUUGAGACUCUUGCUAAAAUAUGAUAUUGGUUCAUGAGCAGCAACAGAUCUUAGUAUGAUACAGUGGACAAAAUGUUUCACAACUAAGUGUAUGCCAUUCUAUAAAUAGAGAUUCCAUUGGGUGAGCAAA